AAAGUGGGUGCAAUGUUCACCGUUAGUGUUUGAUGAGCAAACGACAAUGAAGUCAUAUUAUCUUCUAUUGGCAUUAACUCUUUGUGGACUCGUAUAUUCACUGCCUUCGUCGUUGUCAUCGCAUUCGCUGACAAUUAGAGGCGGUCACAAUGCAGUUCCAGGCGAAGUUCCUUAUCAGGCUAUGGUUUGGGCAAAGUUUGAAUCAGCAAAUGCCUGGAAUGGUGGUACUCUUUUAGCUCCGCGAUAUGUCAUAACGACGGGAGGAACCCUGAUUGAUGGUCUUUAUCAUACCGCAACGCUCGCUGUCGAAGUAUAUCUAGGAAUAACUAACUAUAGUGCGCCAAUUGAAACGAGUCGUCAAUUGAUAGUAGCCGAGAAUUGGAAAUUUUCGGACAAUGGCAUCGCUCUGAUAAAACUGGCGACCGAAGCGGUUCUAAACGAAUUUGUUGGGCUGCCUAAGUUACCAAGUACUGAGUACUUCAACGACGACUUUUUGGGAAAGAAAGGGGUCAUCUCUGGUCUCGGUUACGUAGCUGAUAAUGUACUAGCCGAAGUUUUACAAAUAACCGAAUUAUUUAUAAUGCCAUCGAAGGAGUGCGAGAGGUACUUUGGAAAGAUAGACUGGAACUUUUACCUAUGCGGAUAUGAUCCAAUCAACGCGGGGCUCGACAACGGAGAUCCGGGUGGUCCAUUUACAAUCGAUGGUGUCCUCUACGGCAUUGGAAACAAUUUUCCUGCAGGAGAUACCGAUUUCAACUACCGUUCGAUAUUCCUAAAAAUCUGGCCCUUCAAGGAUUGGUUAACAGAGAAUAGCGAGGGUGACAUUGUGUUCCCUUAAAGAUAUUGUGUAAUGUUGUUUGUUGAAUUUUACCAAGGCUUUCUGCUAGGGAUCGUGUUAAUGAAAAGCCCUAAGUAGUUAAUUGUCAAACAAAUAAAAAUGAAUUAAAUAAAUAAAAACUUUCAAGCAGAGUUAUCACAAAACUUCGUUUCUUCCUACAGAUUUGGCAAACGUCUCAAAAUUUUAUAUUUGGUGAACUAUGUGGUAAAAAACCUAGCAUGUGUUAAAUUGAACACUCCAUAUAUUGCAUAUUACGAAUAUAAAUAAUAAUAAAAGCUUUUAAAAAAACAUGUUAUUAAAAACUAGACGAAAUUUAGACUAAAUAUUCCAUGAUUUUUUAAAUGGAAAACCAUGUAUAUAACUACUUUAUCGUGUUCAGCUAUUUCCCCUGUACCACUUUUGUUAAAGCUG